UUUUAUUUUUUAACAAACUAUUAAUGCAAAGAAAACAUUAUUUGUGUCUAAUAAACCAUCUACACGUUUAUAGUUAUAUUGUAUACUUACAGAAAACACUGAAGACCAUCAGAAAUAUAUAUUGUUUAUAGAAUCUGUUUUAAAAGCAAUGAAAUAUGGUUCUAAAAAAGCAUCAGAAUUUUUUCCUAUAAUAUUGCAGUUUGAAAAUCUAUCUGACUGUUCAUUAAAAGAAACAUUCGUUUCAGAAAAUCAAAAUGUUCCAGAGUAUAUGUUUCUGCAAUGGAUAAAUCAGAUUUUAGGUUGCUUGGAUUCUCCUCUAAUUAAUGUAAUUGGUCCACUUUUAAUUCGUUUAUGUCAAGCUUAUCCUAAAGCUAUUCAGUUACCUUUGAACAUUUUCAUGGAAAGAAAUGUGUAUAAUAAUGAAGAGUGUGAAACAUUCUUGAAGGCUAAUACAAAAUGUCUUGGCAACACUUCGUACAAUCAAGAAGUUGCGAAAGUCGAUAAAGAUUUAUUGUGUGCGUGUGAAAAUGACAAAUUGGUAACUUUAGACGGAGUAGUGGCCAUGCGAGAUACGAUGAAACCCCACGCAUUUAAAAGGGUUGUCUGUUCACAGCCAACCAUAAAGAAAUGUUGA